GCCUGACUUCCGGAUUGUAAUCCUACCUAAGGAGGUGAAGAGCGCUUCAGGUGCAACAAUACACUGACGGUCACUCAAAUGUCGCCAUAAAACUAGAAAAAACGAAAACAGCGUCGUGUUGUCUUAUGCUUUCAGGCAGUACUGAGUGAAACCUUUCCCAGCAUGAUGAAUGUGAGGAGAGUGGAAAGGACAGUUUUGAGUGUGGAACAGUCAGAGGGAGUCGGGGCUCGUGUCCGCAGGAGCAUCGGUAGAAAGGAGCUGAGGAACCUGGAUCCCUUCCUGAUGUUGGAUGAGUUCAGAGUAAGCAAGCCGGCAGGUUUUCCGGACCAUCCUCACAGAGGAUUUGAGACGGUAACAUACGUUUUAGAGGGAAUCACUGCCCAUGAAGACUUCUGUGGCCAUUCAGGACAACUGAAACCUGGAGAUCUGCAAUGGAUGACUGCAGGACAGGGGGUGGUCCAUGCUGAGAUGCCCGUGUCGGAGGAGCCAGUGGUGGGCUUACAGCUGUGGGUGAACCUGCCGAGAAGAGACAAGAUGGUGGAACCAGCGUACCAGGAGAUUAAAGGCUCAGAGAUCCCCAAACGCAGCCAGGGAGGAGUUGCAGUCGCUGUGAUAUCUGGGGAGGCUUUAGGAGCAAAGUCUAAGGUCUUCACGAGGACGCCGACUUUGUACCUAGACUUCAGACUGCAGACAGGAGCCCUGCAUGUGCAGCCCAUCCCCUCAGGAUGGACUGCAUUCAUCUACACGCUAUCAGGAUCCAUUCAUGUCGGUCCAGAUCAGGAGCAGCAGAAGGUGGAGCCCCAUCACACUGUGGUGUUCGGAGAUGGAGACUGUGUCAGGGUUCAGAACAAGGGCUCUGAAGCUUCCCACUUCGUGCUGAUCGCUGGAGAACCAAUCAAAGAGCCUGUGGUCCAACACGGUCCAUUUGUAAUGACCACAGAGGAGGAGAUCAGACAGGCAAUCACGGACUACCAGUCUGGCAGAAACGGCUUUGAAAGGGCCGUAAACUGGAGGUCCAAGAUCAGGGACUCUAUCUGAGCUCCGCACGUUGCACUGACAGACUUUGCCUCAUUUGUUGCUAUAGAAACAUAUUGAUUUGUUUGUGAUAAUGUAAAAACGAUGAAAGUUUGAUGUUAGAAGACACAGAUAUUUAUUUUUCAGCAUGUGUUCUGUCCCUAACCCUAACCCUUUACGGGACAUUUAGUACUUUCCAGCAUCCAUCUGAGCUUGCUGCAUGUCCAAGUGCUUCAUGUGGGAGUGGACGGCGUGCUCCAUUGUUAGCAGUGUAGCAGUUCACCCUCUCUUCCUUGUAAAAUAAUCAUUUUUAGGGAAAAUGUGCUGCUAACUGCUCUCCACUCCCCUUGUUAAAUUUAAGCUUUAUUACAUUUUCCUUCUGCAGUUUGAACUAACACUGUAGCAGAGCUGUUAUGGAAUUCUGAAAGCGGGUUGCUUUCACAUGCCGCCAUGACGAUGAUUUAAUAUAAUUUAAUUAAAUUGAAGAAUGGCGGUUUUACACAUGUUUUGAUGUUUUGCCCCAGAAUUUCCUAAAGGAACAUUACCAGAAUUCAUCAAGCUGCUGUUAAACAAAUCACAGAAGAAUCACAUUUCCACUUUUAAAAAAAAAGGUGCAAUGUUUCAUAAUCAUUAUAAGCAGAAAAGAUUCUCAAGAUACUGCUCCUCAUUUGCAUACAAAUUAGGAAUAUUGU